GCAAAUCACCUCAAAGUAAUUGCAACAGAAACAAACUCGACGGAAUUUAAUAAACAAAAGCGUGAUUAACAACAUACAAAAAAUCGGACAAAAUCGGACAAUGGGAAAUAUUCAAAAUUUAGACUUAAAUGUUUUAGUAAACCAUCGAUAUUUUGUGGUGUUUACGGCACGCCGUACACGUAAAGGGGAGUAACUUAACUGUGACAGUCAUCGGAAUAAAGUUAUACACGACGAUCUAAAGUGCAUGUAAUAAAAAAACGCGAUUAAACAGCUUAACAGUUGUAUUAAAAAGGUGAUUUUAAGACCUUCUAUAUACAUACAAUAUUGCUCAGCAUCUCAUAUUCUUUGCCGACUUCCAUUCCCGGGGAACUUUCGCGAAUAAAGCUUCAAAAUAUUUUGUUUGACCCUCUACUGAAUUAAUUUUAAUUAUAAAACACAAUAUUUACUUUAAAAGUUAUGAAUAAUCAAUUAUAAAUGAAAUCUUAAAGAAUUAGUGUCAAUUUACAAGGGGGAAUUACGGUUGUUAAAAAAAAAAGUAUGGAAAGCCAUUCGGGUUAAAAGUUUCAGUUAUUUUGUAUCUUCAUCAUUUGAGCAAGCGUUUUGCAUUAAAAACUUUUAUAAAACUAAGUAAGUAAAGUAUUUUUGCUUUUCUUUUUCAAAUUCAGGUUUGGGGAGUCAUUCAUGGGUAAUAAUAAUGAUAAUAAAACAUUGAUAAUAUAAAUAAUAAAAAAUCAAUGUAAGUAAACACUUGCGCAUAGUAUCAUGAUUUGAUGUAAAAUCGAGUAGUUACUCUUUCUAAUUAGUCUUGGGCUCACGACCUGCGGAACCAUAUCUCCUAGCAGCGUGCGAACAGCGCGUUAGACCGCCCGGCCAUCUAUUCAAGACAAAACUUGUUUUCGAUGACAAUGGAAUUCUCGCCACGCUGGCACACGAUCAUUGAGAAUGGAAAUGGGAUACAGUUAUUUAUCGUAAAUUUUAGAGGAUCAUACAAAAUGCACAUUGUGUUUGAAAUGUCUAUAUAUAAAGCACAGAAAUAGCAACGAACUCUGAAAUAAACAUAAUUGCCCUAAGGGACGAAAUCAAUGUCGGAUGAAAAUUUAAAUUCAAUUAGUUAGGGGGAGGGGAAUAAAAACUCCCGCAAGUUUCUGUCAUCCGACAUCGAUUACACUUUAGUGGAAAAAGGAAAAAGACAAGCGACUGUUGAAUACCACAUAAUAUUUAAAACAUAUUAAUGAACAUUUAAUAGAUUUAAUGUACACUUUCAUUUGUGAAUAAACAGUAGAAAUGGUAUACAGAGGUAUACAGAGUGUUAUUUAUAAUCGUACAUUUCUUUUUUUGUUAUUCGAUUAGUUUCAGCAUUUGUCAUAUUAAGUUUUAAAGGGGGGGGGGGGGUUCUUGGUGAAAACUAUGUGAACUUAGUUUUUUGUGAGACAUUGAAUUUUUUAUCUUGCCCCUAAUAUAAGUGAAGAAUAUCGUUAAAACCAGACGUCUUUUUAGGAAACGAAGUUAGUCAAUCCUUUCCCUUUCUACAUGCAUUCAUAGGAUGCGACACUACGUCAAAAAUGUUCGGCAUCGGAACAGGUCCUGUAUAGUCAAAAUGUAGAGAAAUCGCGAAAAAAUUCUGUAUAUGAUUAGUUUUUAAAUGGAGGCAGGCUACUGACAAACAAGUUGAUGGUGAAGGGGUUUCAACUGUUUCGUUUAAAGUCAGCAUUUCGCGAAUUAUAUGGUCGUUAUAACAAUCUACUUUGCCAAUACAACCUAUCAUUGGGUCAAAUCUGCCUGACUUGUUUCAUAUAGAUUGUUAGGCCGUUUUUGGCACAAUGAUAUUGAAUAAGGGUAACUCCGUUUGCCUUAUUAAGAUACAGAGCUCACAGCGGGUGUAACCAGUAAACAGGGGGUGCUUACUCCUUAUAGCCCAUAGGCAUCUGAUCCCACUUCUGAUAUAUCCAGGGGUCCGUGUUUGCCCACCUCUCUAUUUUGUAUUGCUUAUAGGAGUUACGAGAUGGAUCACUGUUCGUUAUCUUCACCUUCCUAUAUGAGGAUUUCAUAGAGAAAAAGAUAUAUUCUGGUGUCGAUGUCAUAUCGACUUUGUACGAUGAAAUACCAUUUAGACACUUAUAGGAGAUUUGCUAUGUGAAGAAUUGUCUACCACAAUAUCAUUUUUAUAAGUUCAGUCAUUGCCACUAACUACAGCUGCAGAAAAGGAGCACUGCAAGAAUUUUUUAAGUCAUAGAGUGGACUAAAGAAAUGAUUAAUUUGGAUCCUUCUAAUUGGGGCUUAUCACUGCUUUCAGCAAUUCUUGUAUCCGUUAAAACUAAAUUACAAGUCGCUCCAGAUAAACUUUUGAACGUUUUUCGCUGUAAAUGCAAGGCAAAUUGUGACACUAGCCGUUGUACUUGUAAAACCAUGGACUGAACGGUACUGCAAUUACUCAAAUGAUCACUUAUAUAAUUAUCAGGCACGUAGCAAUAAUGGCUCUACACCUUUUAUCAUUACAUGCAAAGUUGAUAAAUUUUUACGUACAGAGGUCGAUUUUUAGACAGAUUGGUUGCUCUCCCUCCUCUUUUUUUUUUUUUUUAAAUAGCAUUGUCGUGAACUGUACACAGUAGAAGUGUAAAAUUGAACUGAGAGAACAACCUUAGCCCCCCCCCCACACCACCACCACCACCACCACACACACCACACACACCAUCAAGUAUUUUUAUAACUUUGGAUUAAAAUUUACUUGUCAAUUUUCAGGCAAUAUUGUGAAAUUAUCUUCACACACACCCCCCUUUUUUUUACGAUGCUGCGUGCCUGAUUCAAUUUGCUUUUAAUUCUAUGUGUCCAUUGUUUUUAAAACAGAUUACUCCUGAAAUUCUCGGUAUUAAUUGCACAAUAAUUUGGAUAGAACUAAACAUCAAAUACGGCUAUAACCCCCCCCCCCCCCCUUUUCCCAAACUCUAGAACUUGACGAAGUGCACGUAUUAAAGAUUUCUUUAUAAAAUCGAAGAAACUGAACCUUGUUUCGUCAUAGAUGUAGUACAAACUGUUAAAACUCAGCUUAAUAAAGAAUUUGGUAACGUAAGCUUUACUAUACACUGUUUGUUUUAAAAUACUACAUGUAUUUAUGUGAAACAUAGGACCGGAAUGGUAAGCGCGCCUCCAACUUCCGAUGUAAGGGGGGUAUCUGCAAAAAUGUAGGUCAUCUUUUACAGACCAUUUUUGAAGGGGCACUUGUUUUGUGUUAACAGUUUAUUUUAAUGUAUAAAUCUUCAUGUGGUAACUCAUAUAUGCCUAAUGGACAGGAAAAAGUAUUUUCUUCCAAAAUCCAGUUUUUAACGAUUUUUGUUGGAAAAGAUUUCAGCCCAAAAUUCGGCAAGGGAAAAUAAAUUUUGGUGCAGAAAAGAUAAGUUGUGCAUUUGGACGUUUUAUUCUUAAAUUUAUAAGAUCAAUGCCAUCUCUUCUAUAAAACAGUCAUUUCCUAUCAUUUCCAGUUUUUCACUAUUUUUGUUUUAGAAAAAGGUAGGUUUUCCUACCUAAAAUGGUAUUUUUCAUAUAUAUUGCCAAUAAUCUAUAUAUCUUACUUGUUGAGCAGUUUUUAAAAUAAAUCCUAACUUCAUUUUUUUUAUUGUUAGACUCAAAUGUACGACAAAAUGUGGGUUUUUUUCUUAAAAUUUCAAUCUUUAACAAUUAUAUUCAAAAAAGCAAGAUUUUACCCAAAAAUUACAGUCAAGGAAAGAAUAUAUUCUGCUGUAAAAAAAAUUAAUCGAACAUUUCCAGGUUGAAAUUUGAGAUAUGAAACUUAUUUUCACUGCAUGUUACAUAAAAUGGACAUUUUCUUCAAUUUCCAGUUUUUAGCGAUUUUCAUGAAAAAACACAUCCUUUUACCCCAAAAUUCCAAUUUUCCCAUGGAAAUACAAAAGGUGAAUUUUAAUAUGUUGUUUGCAUGUGUUUUCUUGCAUGAAUAAUCAAAAUUUCAUUUCUGUUGCAAUUAGUUUGAGGUUUUGCUCAUUUUUGAGCUAGAUUGACUAGACUAUAUGAGUGAAAUAUUCUCAAGAGGGACGUUAAACAAUAUUCAAUCAAUCAAUCAAGAAUGGAUGAUACAUGUUUUACACAGUGUAUAUUAUGAUAUUUUUCCGAUCGCUAAACAAAAUUAUGACAGUGAUAAUGAUAUCACAUUCUAAGGAAUGUCAGUAUUAUGUAUCUUUUUGUCUGAAAUGGAAACAUUCCAAGAUUUGUUAGAAGGGCUAGAGGGAGAGACUUUGUGUUUUUACAUGCAAACGACUGAUAACUCAAACAAGAAAUGUUUCUUACAUAAUACGUAUUACGUUAAGAUUGAUAACCAGCAUGAGCCUUCGUUUUCCAUAGCGUGAAAAAAUUAUGUCUGUCUUACUCAUGGGACAUAACGUUGCCCAUAUAUCAAACACAUGCACACUUAACUUUUACAAGAUGUUUAAAUUCUUAAAUGACCCGAUUUUAUUUUAAAAAUGACCAAUGGAAAGAUGAGGUUCGACGUAUAAUGCAUAUCAAAGAUAACAAACUAUAGACCAAUAUAUAAAAACUGUUUUAAAACACUGAUUUCUAAAUAAUUAUGCCUAAAAGUAUAUUUAGUCUCUGUAGGAAGGUGUACAAAUAUUACAUCGUAAUGAUCACUCUGCAGAAAAGUAUGCGUGAAAGAUUUAUUUGGGGGGGGGGGGGGGGGGAAUGGGUGCCAGUUUUUUCUCUAAUCACUUUCCAUCAAAGGUUGUUUUAGAUUCUCAGGCUUGACCGGAUCGAGAAUUUGAUAGAGGUCUGAUAGAGUUUGUACAGCGUAUAAUCGUCUUUUUUCAUUCGUAUCAUACUGAUCAAAUAGUGUUCUUGAUAAAACACAUUUUUGCUUUACGCCUUCAAAAUAUUAUUUUACAAACCAUAAUAAGUUCUUGCAAUCAGAAGGAGUCUUUAACGAUACUGUAGCCUCAUGGGCAUUACAACAUAUGGUGUAUAACUUCAAUCGUAUUUCACCAAAAUAUAUACAGAUAGAAAGUGAGAAAUUUCUUUCCAAAUUUUGUUCUUUGUACUUUUCUAUGUACACCAACAUUAAAACGAAGCAAAUGUUUGAAUUGAUCAGGUAAAGGGCAUACUAUCUAUUUUGAACUCAUCUCAAAUUAUAAUGGGAAACGUUACGGAUGUUUCCCAAAUUUCCCAAUUCUAGGGAAUAUCUUGAGGAUAACAGUAAAACUUCAAGCAUUAUAUCCAAGAAUAACGUCUAAAUGUUCAUUUUCCUUUCCAUCUAAUUUACAUCCAGGUACUAAGCACCAAUAAUUACUUGAAUCGUCAUCGUAGGACUGCGUAUAGUUCUUUAUGGAUUGUCUGCUAGCGAAACAACAUUUAUAUUGAUGUCAACUUUGCCCUACAAUUGGGUACCAUCACGUGACCGCGGUGUAUAAAUGUCACUUCUAAUCAGUCGUUCCGUUCCGGCACAUCCAGAAAGUUCCGUAUUGCAUGUCAAAUUUGAGGCACUUAAUUCAGCCCUCCCAAAUUCCGACGCUUUUUGCGUUAAAGAAAGGAUGAGAUGAAACAGCAAUCAGAAUUGGCCCACUAAUCCGUGGUCAAUAAAAACAAUUCUAUUGUACAAAAGUUAAGAUUUUAUACAUAGAGACCACAGACGAUGGUUUCUAAACACUUUUAAUAGUUUCUGUCACAAGGAAUGUCGAAAUAUCAAUUGAUUUUUAAACUCUAUAACAAGCCGUUUUGGUCAUGGUACUCCUUCAUGAAUAAUGAAAAACAAUGUGGGCGGGUCUUAACACAAGGGACAACCUUCACUUUAGGAAUAUGAAUAGAUGUCGUGCUUUCCCCGUUUACAAAUCACGUGACAUUAUUUAUCUAAUUGUGUUAAAAUCUUUAUAUUUUUGUUAAAUGGAGGCUAUGUAUGAUUUUCAUUGACUAUAUAUAUAUAUAUAUAUAUAUAUAUAUAUAUAUAUAUGCUGUAUGUGUGAUAGGUAUUUUUAACGCAUGCUAUCUAUUCGUGGUGAUGAAAGGUGAUGAUAUUGCUAAUACAUGUACCCAAACACGUUAUCAAAAGCACAUUCGAUCACAGAUACUGCUGCUGAAGAAAAGGAAAUCAGAAAUCAGUACAAAUCUUAUUAUCAUUCAAAUAGUUAUUUUCAACUAAAUACGGAAAUAUUAGAACUGUUAACCGCCAACAUACGUUUCGUUCAAACCCUAAAUUAUAUUGUAAUGUCUUAAAUAUAUGUUACAAGUAAUCACAAAAUAUAAAUACAUAAAUCAAUAGAAAAUAAAGACAAUUCCUCUCCUUUUCUCGGGCUCUUGGUCGAAUUUGCCUUGAAGCAAAAUAUAUUAUAAAUAGCUCGGUCCGUAUAAAUAAUUUAUGAAAAUAUCUUGAUUAUCUAUUUUAUAUUUAAAUAGCAUGUGCUGUGAAAAUAUAUGUAUAUGUAGUACACGCAUAAGUCUUUAUGUUUCGGUUAAUUAUAUUGCAGGUAGAAUAAUAAACCAAAAUAUCUCCAUGUCAGUGUAAAAAAUUAAUGAAAAAGUAAAAUCAUACUAGUGCAUUCUACAUUGCAUAUAAUGUAAACAAAGAAAAUAUUUAACUACAUGUAUUUGUUUAGAAAAUUAGAUUUAAAAAGUCAACGUAUUUCUGAUAACGAUAUCUACACGUGUAUAUCACUUCAUUAAUACAAUUCAUCAAAAUUUAGUAAAUAAAAUACAUAUACAUGCAUACCUUAUAUAUGGAAUACACUCCGUUUAAUGUACAUGGCGCUGAAGGGGUGUUUAUAUUCCUAAAACAGCGGGCAAUACAUCCAAAACACGCAGUAUCGUCUUUUGUAUAGAGCGAGCUACUCCAAGUUGGUCAUCGAGUUCAAACAGGUUUCUAUAAUGGAGAGGCCUCCAGUGAAAAUUUUGCUAAUAUUUUUUUUAGAUAUCGACGAUAUGGGCUACGUUUAUCGCCAUACGAAAUUUAAAAGUUUAUGAUGAUAUACAACCAUAGCCUGAAUUAUUUAACUGUAUCUAAUAUGGUCAGUAUAUUUCCAGAUCUGUAAAGGUAUGGGCGGGGCCAAAUUCCCAUGAGAAUUUCAGCUAAUGAGGAAACCCCAAUCUUAAAUUCAGAGUUAUAUCCCGUUUGUUGCGAAUUCAUGCACCGUGUAACAUUUAAAUCAUGAAAGUGCAAUUGUUAAUAAGUUGAAUCAUGUAUAUUUUAACAUGAAACCAAAAAAUAUUAAUAUAUUUGGGGCCAUUUCACAUAACUAUUUCACUUCAGCAUUUAAAUACCGUUGUGCACUUCCGCUCGCUCUCCUUGAAAAUGUCAAGUUGAUAUUUUGAACAGUUUCCGAGAACACUCUUGGAAACUGACCCUCUGAAUUUCAGGGGAAAAAUAAUAUCUUACGUCAUAAAUGACAAAAUUGAAAUCGAAAAAAAAUAGAUCAUCCCUGAAAAGUUCCCGAAAAUCGGUCUACGGAUUUCCGAGAAAUCGAGUGCACUAGAAUUCUAAUAAUGAAAAAUUAUAAUGAUGGAGAAAAAGCAAUUAAUAGCAAUAAGGUCUUUCAUUGGAAAUGGAAGAACUUAAUGAAUAAAAUGUAUGUAACAAGCAAUAUACUUCUAGAGUCAUAUCUUUUUAAGGUAGUGAUUGCAGGGCAUCACGUGGUUUAUUCAUGUAGUAUCUAAAAAAGAGACUAUUUUCGUUUCCGAUUCCGGAAUACGUCAAGCGCUUAAGCAUCAGUAAUAAUGACAAACGAUGGAAACAAAGACUUGUCAGCUAUAACCAGACACAGGGUAAAGUGAAAAUAUGUUUAGAAAUAUACAAAUAAAAUACAAUACAAAUGAAAAAUCCCUUAUGUUUUAAUUAUCUUUUAAAUAAUAGGCCUAGUCAUUCCUACUAACAUAUGUUGAAACAUAUUAAAAAAUAUUUAAAAAAAUCAUUGGUCAUUUAUUUCUCAGGGGGUGAAAAUAAUUCUGCUUUGGUGAAUAAUUGCCUUCCAAAAAUUGCGAAAUUCCUCAGAAGCCCUGCUUCUACUUCACAGGAAAAUAAAUGGACAUAUUAAUGCAAAUUAUAUAUUAUUUAAGGCUUUAACUUCAAUUUGAUAUAAAAUUUGUAUCACUUACCCCUUUUGUAUCAUUUUUAAAUACCAUCUGAAAUACCUGUACCGUUUAUUACGGAAAGUCGACAAGAGGGGUUACUAUGACAACCAUGACAUCACAAUUUCCGUGAAAACCAUAUAUGAUACUUUUAUAAUGAGUUACAGAUACUGUCAACUACAGAAUAUGUAAAAAUAAAAAAAAAAUCAUAGAUUCAUUAAUUUUCAAUGACCCAUGCAAUCAUUACCUUAAAAAAUAUAUUAGAGGUUUGCAGAACUUACAAAAAAUGCUACUAAUAGGAAAAACGUUUACUAAUAGAUAAAUAGAUGAAUACAUAUAUGUUGAUAAAUUAAAUGUUUGAAAAUGAUAUUGUUCAUAACAUCAUUGUUGCCUUUUGCAGAUUCAGUUUUCCCGUAAAUACGCCAAUAAACAUAUUGAUAAUGUCGGAAAACCUCUGCAUAGCAGCACAGAAUGGUCAUUUACGGGCUGUAGAAACCUUGCUUGCCAAUAGAAGCGAUCCUAAUGCACUAGGAUCGGAUGGUCUGUUUCCACUUUAUUGCGCAUCUCAACAUAACCAAUCCUCCAUUAUCCAAAUUCUUCUCAAACACAAAGCAGAAGUGAAUUUACGAACAAAAUCUGGAUUUACAUCGCUACAGACUGCAGCUGAAAAGGGUUGCGAAGACGCAGUUAAGAUUUUAUUAGAACAUGGCGCAGAUGUCAAUCUGGCAUCUACAUCUGGCAGCAUUUCACCAUUAUAUUUUGCUUGCAUGAGAGGGAAAAAUGAAGUUGUCAAAAUUCUUCUGAGACAUAAAGCAAAAGUUGAUGCCUGCACUUAUAAUGGGUGUACGCCGCUUCAUACCGCAGCUGAACAUGGAUAUGAAGAUAUACUUAACAUGUUACUAGAGAAUGGGGCUGACGUCAACUAUGGCUCAAAUGAUGGACAAAAUGCACUGCAUUAUGCGUCGAUGAAAGCUGACACUAAGAUGAUAGAUCUAUUGUUGUCCAAGGGAUUAUCGGUCAAUGCUACAUCAGAAAAUGGAUGUACGCCUCUCUACUUGGCAGCACGAAAUGGAAAUGAUGAUAUUGCCUUACAUCUGAUCAAAAACGGAGCAGAUAUCAAUGCACCUACAGUUGAUGGUUGCACGCCGUUUCAUACCGCAGCUGAAAAUGGGCACGAAGCUAUACUCAAUAUUUUACUAGAGAAUGGAGCGGACGUCAACCUACGCUCAAAGUCUGGACAAAAUACAUUGCAUUAUGCGUCGGGGACAGCUGACACUAAGAUGAUAGAACUAUUGUUGUCCAAGGGAUUGUCGGUCAAUGCUGCUUCAGAAAAUGGAUGUACGCCUCUCUACUUGGCAGCACGAAAUGGAAAUGAUGAUGUUGUCUUACAUCUGAUCAAAACCGGAGCAGAUAUCAAUGCACUUACAGUUGAAGGGUGCACGCCGCUUCAUACCGCAGCUGAACAUAUGCACGAAGAUAUACUCAAUAUUUUACUAGAGAAUGGAGCGGACGUCAACCUACGCUCAAAGUCUGGACAAAAUACAUUGCAUUAUGCGUCGCGGACAGCUGACAUUAAGAUGAUAGACCUAUUGUUGUCCAAGGGAUUGUCGGUCAAUGCUGCUUCAGAAAAAGGAUGUACUUCUCUCUACUUGGCAGCACGAAAUGGAAAUGAUGAUGCUGUCUUACAUCUAAUCAGAAACGGAGCAGAUAUCAAUGCACCUACAGUUGAUGGGUGUACGCCACUUCAAGCGGCUUCCGAGAAAGGGUGUACGAAAACAGUUGAAAUUCUCUUGGAAAAUCAUGCCAAUAUUAACAAACGUCAAAAUACCGGGCGAACGGCUCUAUAUUUUGCAUGUAAAGAAGGACAUGUCGAUGUGAUUAAACUUCUGCAGCAACGUGGUGCGAUGAAUUGAUAUGUAAAAAUAAUCGCAUAUACAGUUGCGAAAUUUUUUAUUCUAAGAAAGCACAUCAUAUCUAUGUUUAUGAACUAAUACAUUUUUCCAUCAGCAGUAAAAGAAAUUACGAAAUCCAAUUUUGAAAGAACUACAAAAGUAAUUAUUUUUUUUUAUUGAAUGACAUGUAUCAUUCCAUAUUUUAAUAGUACAGUCACCGUUUAUUCUUGAAAAUGCAAAAAAAAAAAAAUCCAGCAAGAAUAUCUGCUUCGUGUUAUAUUUGUGAAUUAUAAAAUGAAACACUACUAAUAAAUUCAAAAGUUCUUUAA